AUGGGGUCAACCAGGGCUGCAAACACACCAGAAUACAGCACCAAGAGACUCCAAUUCGUUGCCAGAGAAUUCGUGGGCACAGCAGGCACAGCAAGCGAUGGGGUCUCGAACGACUCCUCUGGAUCUGUCCACCUCAAGUCUAGUUUCCCUAGUCUUAACAACCUCGGCGGACAAUCCUCAGCACAGAACUCUGGAUCAAGCGCGUGGCAGGGUGGACCACCUUCAACAGAGGCGAAUCGGAGGAUUCAAUCUCGGCCACUAGGUUCAAGGCAACCACAAACCCAAGCCUCUGACUUCUUCCCAGCCGAAUCACGAAGUAAUCCGGUACCCAAUGGUCCUCCAGGUCUCAUUCAGCGGCAGCCCCAACUAAACGAUUCGAAUGAUCCUAGCAGGGUGACCUCGCCAGCUGGUAUACCACAAGGCUCGCGAUCACCAAUAGGAGCUGGAACAAACGGUACAAUAGGUGCCGACCGACCACUCGGCGAAUCCUCGCCAGCCUCUGGCCCACCGCGGGAUCCCUUUGCCGGACGCGAUGCUUUUGAGCAGCAAGCUGACAACAACCCCGACUCGCUCUACGCUGGCAUGAGUGAUAAGGAGAAAUUUGGCAUUAAAGGCUACAUCGCCCUCUCAGAAGGUCCUAAUUCGACAUUCCGCAGUCUACUCCGUGGCCAAGACUUGGGCCAGCUGGGCCUGAACAUGAACUCCGACGCCCCAUUGCUGUCCUCCUACACUGGUCCUUUCGCAUCUCCGAACACGCACCCUCUUCGUCCGCUGGACUCAGAAUAUCACAUCCCUGACUGUUAUACGAUCAAGAAGGUCGCGCCGCUGCAGACUCGUAUCAACUCUUUCAGCGACGAAACUCUGUUUUACAUGUUCUAUUCCAUGCCGCGAGAUUACAUGCAGGUGCUGGUGGCACAAGAGCUAAUGGAGAGGAAAUGGCGGUAUCACAUGCAUGAGCAGAUGUGGAUGAUGCGUGACGAGAACAGUGGUGGGUAUGCGUACAAUGACGACCGCAGCUCCGAGCAGGGCUACUAUAUCUGGUGGGACAAGAAUUUGUGGAAGAAGGUGCGGAGGGCGUACACCUUAAGGUAUGCGGAUUUGGAUGACAUGCCGAAUGUUGGUAGCGGUGGAACACAAGGUGUGGCGGCAGCAGGAGCAAGUCUAGCGGGUGCACCAGGCAUUGCUCAAGCAACGGGCAGAGCUGUGGCGACCGCGGGUGGGCCGCGGGGGCAAGGCCUUGGUGGCAUUGGAGCUGGCGUUGGCGCACCAGGUGCCGGAAUGAACGGCGGGUUGGGUGGCGGUCUGGGACAAGGGCCUUUCAAUGCCGUUCCUGGCCUGGAGCGGCUUGCCGCCAGUGGGAGAGGAUUCUAA